UACCAGGGAGAAAACAAAGGAAUCAGGAGAUGGGCAAAAACAGAAACAGACAGAUGAAUUGGUAGAGCUAAACAAGCGGGUUAUCUCUCUCUCUCUCUCUCUCCGGGUGUUUUGUCUGUGUACAAUUUGAUUCCUUGGCAGUGGAAAGAAAAGGGAAAAGGAGGAUGAGAGCACACCCAGCAGGCACUUUUCUCUCAUCUGGAUGGUUGUGCGCGAUCCAAUCGGGGUUCCCAUCAAAGUUUAUAAAGCCAGCCCAUUUCAAGAUCAGACACGAGCUCACAGGCCACAUACUCAGCCAUGAGCUGCUCCUCGUGCAAUUCAUGCAAUGCAAAGCCGGACCCGCCCAUCCUCGCCGUCGUCCUCGAUUUAGACGGCACCCUUUUGGACACAGAGGUGGGUUCGAAAUGGGUGUUGAAGGAAUUCUUGGGCAAGUAUGGCAAGGUGUUGGACGAGGGGAAUCAGAAGAGAUUGGGCUGGACCUUGAAGGAGUCGGCCAUUGCCAUGGUCACCGACUAUGAUCUUCCACUCACUCCUGAUCAGUAUGUAGAAGAAAUCGUGCCCAUGUAUCGUCAGGGGUGGGCGAAGGCCAGAGCGCUUCCUGGUGCUAUUCGACUUAUCAAGCAUCUCCGCGAAUGCAGGGUGCCAUUUGCUCUUGCUUCAAACUCCUUGAGAGAAUACAUCAAUGCCAAAAUAUCUCAUCAACAAGGUUGGGAAGAAUACUUCUCUGUUAUUGUUGGAAGCGAUGAUGUUCAGUCAGGGAAGCCAUCUCCAGAUAUAUUCAUAGAAGCUGCAAGAAGAUUGGGGAUGGAUGCAACUCACUGCCUCGUGAUUGAGGACUCCUUGGUUGGUGUCCAAGCAGCCAAAGCCGCCCAGAUGAAGGUAGUGGCAGUUCCUUCGCAUACUGAAGCUGAUUGUUCUUCCAUGGCCGAUAGCGUGCUUCAUUCACUUCUAGAAUUUCAGCCUGAGCUGUGGGGUCUCCCUCCAUUUGAUGACUGGGUGAACAAUGCAUUGCCAAUCGAAACAAUGGUCUUGAGCUGUCAACACAUUAAUGGUUCAUUAUAUGAAAUUGAAGAGGAUGGGAUGUCUGCUCUUCCAGCUCAAGCUGCAGGAGUUUACUUUGGUUGGGCCCAAGUUGGCAUCGGUACAAUCCUUAAGGCUGUGGUCGGCAUCAUAUUUGAUUCUCCAAGUGCCAUGAGAAAACUUCACUUGAGUUUGAUCGACGGGAGUGUUGAUCGCGUGUCUGAUCAGCACGUGCAGCUUUCCCUUGUCGGCUUCAUACGUGGCUUUAGGUCCCAGGACGUUAUAUCGGCGAACAAAAUAAUAGACGAGCAAGACAAGUCCAUUGCCAGUUCUUCUUUAGAGCUGCCGGAGUUCACACGCCACAACAACCUGUCUUAGGUUGGCGAUUC